AUGCGAUCCGCUGCGUGCCUGUUGGCGCUGGGUGCGUCCUACUUCGGUGGUAUAGUCAGUGCCAUCCCUCAGCUGCCGGUGCCACCACCGUUCGAAAUCCAGGAGUCUAGUCUGCUGUCCGGGAAUGCGAGGUUCAGGCAGGUGAGGGGUAAUACGACUUUUGACCAGUUAAUUGAUCAUGAUAAUCCGGAGUUGGGAACCUUUCAACAGAGGUUCUGGUGGAGUUCGGAGUUCUGGAAAGGUCCUGGGUCUCCUGUCGUUCUGUUCACCCCUGGCGAGGCUGAUGCCCCGGGAUAUACUGGAUAUUUGACCAACCAGACCCUCCCCGGUCGCUUUGCGCAAGAGAUUGGGGGUGCAGUUAUCCUGCUGGAGCAUCGAUACUGGGGAACCUCAUCGCCAUACACGAACUUGAACACAGAGACCCUUCAGUACCUCACCCUGGAGCAGUCCAUUGCGGAUCUAACGCACUUUGCUAAGACUGUCGACCUUGCGUUCGAUUCCAACCACAGCAGCAAUGCUGACAAGGCGCCCUGGGUGCUCACGGGAGGCUCGUACAGUGGUGCGCUGUCUGCAUGGACGGCAUCGACAGCCCCCGGUACUUUCUGGGCGUACCAUUCCUCCAGUGCACCCGUUGAGGCAAUCUACAACUUUUGGCAAUAUUUCGUCCCUGUGGUCGAGGGCAUGCCCCGGAACUGCAGCAUGGAUGUCUCGCGCGUGGUCGAGUACGUCGACCAGGUCUACAAGUCAGGAGACAAGAGGCGCCAGCAGAAAUUGAAGGAAAUGUUCGGCCUCGGAGCGCUCCAGCACUUCGAUGACUUUGCGGCUGCGCUCGAGAAUGGGCCGUGGUUGUGGCAGUCCAACAGCUUCUAUACUGGGUAUUCAGAAUUCUACCAGUUCUGCGAUAUGGUGGAGAAUGUUCAACCCGGAGCUAAGACCGUCCCUGGACCGCAAGGUGUUGGUCUGGAGAAAGCACUGAAGGGCUACGCGUCAUGGUUCAAAUCUUCAUUCCUGCCAGGAUACUGCGCUGGCUUCGGUUAUUGGACCGACAAACUCGCCAUUGAUUGCUUUGACACCCAUAAACCAUCAAAUCCUAUCUUCACGGACCAGUCUCUCGCCAACACAGGGAACCGGCAAUGGACAUGGUUGCUGUGCAACGAGCCUCUCUUCUAUUGGCAAGACGGUGCGCCUCCUACCGAAAUCACCGUCGUCUCGAGACUAGUUUCGGCCGAGUAUUGGCAGCGACAGUGCCAGUUGUACUUCCCCGAGAUUAACGGUCACACAUAUGGCAGUGCUGAAGGCAAGAGGGCCUCCGAUGUCAACAAGUGGACCAAGGGCUGGGACUCGACCGACACGAAACGCCUGAUCUGGACAAAUGGACAAUAUGACCCCUGGAGAGACUCUGGAGUGUCAUCCGUCUUCAGACCUGGAGGUCCUCUCCGCUCGACCAAGCAAGCGCCUGUGCAGGUAAUUCCAGGUGGAUUCCAUUGCUCAGAUUUGCGACUGCGUAACGGGCAGGUGAAUGCUGGGGUGCAGAAGGUGAUUGACAACGAGGUGGCUCAGAUCAAAGCCUGGGUCAAGGAAUACCCCAAACACUAG